AUGGCCAGCCACUACAAUGUCACGGCGGCGAAGCAGGCCUUUCUGGACCACAUGGCCGAUGUCGCUGCAUCUCAGGACCUCCACCAGAAUCAGGCGCCGCGGGUCAGACGAACGGCCAUUGCAGUUACGUCGCUAGCGGGAAUGUUUGUCGUCCUACGUCUGUUGGCCCGCUUGAGGCAGCGGGUAUCAUUCCACACUGACGAUUGGUUGAUUAUCAUGUCAUUCUGGGGAUUGGUGGCCAAUCUAGCCAUCACUCUUGUUUUGCUGCAUCAAGGUUUAGGCCGACACUCUGGAGCUCUGACUCUGGCGGAGACUCAAAUACUUCUCAAGACGCUUAUCGGCGCCGAACUGCUCUAUGUAUAUGUCUUGGGCCUCCUCAAAAUGUCGAUUCUCUUUUUCUACAAUAGGAUCUUCCCCGUUAGAGACAUGAAGAUCGGCAGUCGCAUAUGCGGUGGCGUGACCCUUGCCUGGACUCUUGCUUGUACCCUGGCAGUGUUGCUCCAAUGCCGCCCGAUGACGAAGAUGUGGGAACCUUGGCUCCAAGGAACUUGCAUCAACACAUUCGUAAUGCAACUCGUUGUUUCGUUCCUAAACAUCCUCAUUGACUCAUCCAUACUCUUACUCCCCAUGCCGCAAAUCUGGAAACUGCACAUGAAGACGUCUCAGAAGAUCUCCUUGAUUGCCAUCUUCUCGGUAGGGUCUUUUGCUGUUUUUACGAGCAUCUUCCGCUUUCGGGUUUAUUGGCUAUACGAUGGUGAUGACAUGUCCUAUACGCUGGCAGAAGCUUGUUCAUGGAACAUAAUUGAGAUUAGCAGUGGCGUCAUGUCAGCAUGCCUGCCGAGUCUGGUAUGUUGCGUCCUCCGCCAACAUAAAUCUUCGUCGUGCUAA